AAGGGAGGGACGGAGGUGCAGACAUAAUCAGAGUGGGUGGAGGGAGUCAGUCCCUGAGACCCGUGGGGUGGUGAGAGGAGGAGGGGUUGGGGGGGGAGGGGAGGAGAAAAAAACAACCUUAAACUACCACCACCACCACCACCACCACCACCACCACCCCCCUUUCCAGACAGCGGUGGGAGGGGGGUGGGGGUGGGGAGGAAGAAUCGGCUCCAAGCUCUCCCCAUCCCCAGCUCCAGGGAAGGGAUGUAGGUGAAGGAGAGCUCAAACUCGCCAGCCAGAGAACAGUGCUGUCCUUGGGAGUGAACUGCUGUCCGCAGCUUUUAACUACAGUCAGAGUCGUAAAACCGACCUGUCAGAGCAGCAAGAGGAUAAUACUGGCCUGGGAGAGAAUUACUGCCUUAAUCCGUGUAAUAAUUCUCUAGAGCAACUGCAAGGAAGCUUUAACUACAGUCACGAUAAUGGUACUGACCUAGGACAGCAGCAAAAUCAGGUAAUACUACCGUGAGAAUUAUUGCUAUAGUUCGGAGACCAUUAUCCUUGGGCAGGCUAAUUUCCAAAUCCAUGCUUAAAUCAGAGCGAUAAUACUAACUUAGGAGAGAAUUACUGCAAUAAUUGGAAUCAUAAUUCUGUGGAACAGGGUGAUUUCCAGCUCUAGUGAAGCUUUAACAUUCACAGUUAAGAGCAAUAAUACUGACUUAGGAGAGGGCAGUUGCCAUAUUUGGGUUAGUAAUACAGUGUGACAGGCUGCUCGCUAGUUCCAAAAAGGCGUUAACCAUUAUCAGCCUUAUAAUAUUGAUCUAAUAGUAUCAUACUGAACUGGGAGUGAUUUACUGGUAUAUUCAGGAUCGCAAUACCCUGGAAGUGAUGGAGGUUGGUAAUACCCCUCUCAGGGGAGACCAAAGCCACCAUAUAGAGAAUACUGACCCAAGAGGAGGCUGCUGUCACGGUCAGAGUGGUAAUACCCCAGGACUGGCUGAUUCCCUGCUUCAGGGAAGUUUUAACCACACUAAGUGUAAUAAUACUGACCCAGGAGAGCAGCAAGUGAAUAAUACACACCUUAGAGAUAAUUAUUGCCAUAACAAGGCUAAUAAUUCCCUGCAACAGGCUGAUUCCCAGCUUCAGGGUGGUUUUAACCGUAGUCAAAAUAAUAAUACUGACCCAGAAGAGCAGCAGAAGAAUAAUACUGACCUCAGAGAGGGCUACUGUCAUAGUCAGUGUGAUAAUACCCUGGGAGAUGAUCAUCAGAGAAGUAGAGAGGUUAGUACCCCUGAAUGGAGAGACCAGACCCACCAGCUGGAGAGUAAGACUGAACUGAGAGUGGGCAACUGCUGCAGUCAGGCUGAUAGACUGGAAAUCCACCAAGUAAUUAAUCCUAAUCAAAGUUUGGGCUUCUAUGAUGGUCAGGGUGCUAAUAUUGUAAGCGACAUGGCUGUUGAGAAUACUUCUGUCAGGGGACACCACUGUCAUCAGGAGAAUAGUGAUAAUCUGGGAGAGGUUAGCUGCAGCAAUCAGGGUAAUAAUGUCCAAGAACAGAGUACUUAUAGUGGAAGUGGAGACCAUCCAUGCCAGAGGGGAAUAGAGAUAAAUGGUAACCAGACCAAGAUAAUGGUUAAUAGUGGGUCGGGAGCAUCCUCAACUGAGGAAGAGGUAGUCCGUCCUUAUGAUGGGAAAGGUGUGAAAGGAGCGACUGGUGACUGCCUGUUAGAAAAUAAGGAGAUGAAGGGAGAUCCCAAGGAAGAGAGGAGGCAGGAGAGAACACUCAUUUCAGAGGCUGAGAAGGGAAGCUGUUCAGAGAGUGGGAGAAACAAACUGGGGUCAGAGGAUGGGAAGUAUGAGGCAGGAAACAGUGAAUCCACACAGAAACUUGGAGGAGAAUUGAAGGGAAGAAUGCACCAGGAACGAGGGAGCAACGGUACCAGAGGCAAAGAUCUGCUGACAGAGAAAUCUGCAAGAAGGGGUAAAGAGGAGGGGAUAGACCAGGAACUCUGCGUGCGUGAAGCCAAUUGUGUGGUGAAAGAAAGCAUGGUAGAGGAAAACUGCCUUGAGACAGGGACAGUGGAAGAAAAGGACAGGAGACAGAACAUGUCUACUGUACAAACGACAGAUAAAUUCACACAGUGUGUGUCAACAGAGACAAGACUGCAGAAAGUGAAAAUUGAAGAACUGCAAAAAUGGGAGCCAAACACCAGCAACAGUGAGAGCAGCAAAGAAAUGGACAGCGAGAGGAACUGCCGAAAUCUGGAACUGACUGCGAUGCAGCAGGCGGAUACAAACAUGACACAACAGGCCAGCGAGGAGCGAGGUGUAAACCAGGAGAAGGCAAACUGCACAUUGAUUUUGGAAGAAGAGAAUUCUGCAGACCAGCAGUUGGAGGAGGAGUGUAGGUCAACUGAUUCAGACGGUGAGGGGCCAUUACCUCUGGCAGCAGGCACUGCCAGGUUACAGAUAAACACUUCAGCAAGCAACGCUUGCACUGAACAUUCUGUUUCGUCCCGAAUGCGUUUGGAUUUGCUCUCCCCAGUGGGCGACAUCUCCCAUCCUCUUGCAUUGACCUCCUCCUCCCGGGACCAGGCUGGUGAUGCCACUUUGCUCUCGCCCUCAGUGGACAGCCGGGCAAAGCAAAGCGUGAAGCGGGUAACCUUUCCCUCAGACGAGGCCAUCGUUUCUGGAGCUGUGGAGCCAAAAGACCCAUGGAGACAUGCCCAGAAUGUGACAGUGGAGGAGAUCAUUGCUGCCUACAAGAUGGCCUGCCAGAAGCUGAACUGCAAACCAAUUAACAAACUGCUCAAACAGAUCCAAGUAAGGUUGGACUUCCAGAGUAAACUCGCCCAUGAUACGAGUCCCGCCUUUAUUAAACUGAAAAUAGAGUUUGCCAGGGUGUUCUUUGCUUUAUUCACAGGCUUGGCAUAUAUUUCUGAUGGGUUGAAGGAGCAAAGACAGGGUUUAGUGACCCUGGUUCUGUGGAACAAUCAGCUGACCCACAAUGGGAUGACCUACAUGGCAGCUGCACUGCCCUACACAUUGAGUCUGGAAACGUUAAAUCUCGGCCAUAAUGCUAUUGGCAAUGAAGGCGUACACAAACUCAAAGAUGGACUGAUUGCAAAUCGAUCGGUUCUGCGUUUGGGAUUGGCGUCUACAAAACUCACCUGUGAAGGCGCCGUGGCUGUGGCAGAAUUCAUUGCUGACAGUCCCCGUCUGCUCCGCUUGGAUCUGCGUGAAAAUGAGAUCAAGACUGGUGGACUUAUGGCUCUCUCACUAGCCCUUAAAGUGAACCAUUCCCUGCUAAGGCUUGACCUGGACAGGGAACCCAAGAAAGAAACAGUAAAGAGCUUCAUUGAAACUCAGAAGGCUCUUCUCACAGAGAUUCAAAAUGGCUGCAAGAGGAACUUCAUCCUGGCAAAGGAGAAGGAGGAGAAAGAACAGAAGAUGCAGCAAUCUGCGUCGAUGCCGGAGAUCACUGUGACAUUGUGCGAAAAUAAGGAAGAGCCCCAAAAAAACCAGGUCUGUCCGAAGACCCAGAAAAUGCCAGAGGGUUCGGAAAAUGGAGUUACCCAAGAGACAGUACCAUCCAUACCCAGGAAUGCUGAAGAGCUGGUUGGCACCAGUGAAUCGAUUGUAACGUCCUGUUCUGUGGAUCAAAAUCUGCAGCCUGCAGCACAGGUGGAAUUGGACCAGAACCAGGCACAAGUGAGUGUGGUUGGAACGUCAAGCUCUGAGAAACAGCAGCUUCAGCGGCAGGAUCUUGUGGAAACACAUUGCGGAAAGGGCUCGGUCAUAGAAGGUGAUGUGCGUCACAGAAGCAGCCCAGCCGCCUUUGGUGAACAGCCAAUGCUGAUUCCCACUGAAUUAAAAUCUCCAGGGCCUGAAAGUCCAGUGAUUGUCAGCUCACCAAUCGAGAUCACACCAAGAAACAACGAGCGCCUGGUGUCCAGUCCAGGCAGGGGACACAAAGUUUUUUUUGUAACCAGAGUGGAGAGCCCACCAGAGAACCCCAGCAACCAGGACAUGCAAUGGCAGAAUGAAACGCUGCAAAGCAGAAAGCAUACUAUCUCCACUAAAGAGACAGAAUCCCCAUCAGAGCCUUUACCUUGUUCAGCAUCAGACCCUCUGACAACUUCGACUGUACCAGCUCCUGCCCCAGAUGGUAGCUCCCAGACUGAAAGCCUGUCAGACCUGGACAGAGGGGUAGAUAACCCUGGGCACGACUUUGAGACAGUUUGUGCCAAAGACUGCGAUCACAUGAUACAUGGAGCUGCCUUACCAAAUGGACUGAAAGCAGAGCUUGUACAAAGGCUGCCUGAGACGACAGUGCUGACCACAGGCAAGGAUGGUAAAGCAAUGAGCUGCAGCAUUGAGCAUGAGUUUACAUCUCCCAAAACUGAAAAGGAGCUGGAGGAGUUGUUGCUGGAAGCGAGUCAAGAGACAUGUCGUGAAACAUCAGGAGUGUGAGCAAUGUCUUUUGGGUCUUGCUGAAUGUACCGAGACUGUCCUUGAAGAUUCCCAAGCCCCUUCAGCACCAAACAAAAGAUGUAUUUUCUCUCUUGCCCUCUCCUCAUUGCUCUCACUCACUCUCUCUCUCUCUCGGAGCAGGGCCAUCGGACUAUCCACUGUCAAUUUGCCUUGCUCUUCAUGCCAUUCCAUCUUGCCUCCAGAAAAGGGAUUUCUGUGACCCAGAUAUGCUUGGAGUACAAACCAAAGAAAGCACCACCUGAGGAAGUGAGAUUGCUGUCCAACCCUGUCUGCUGGGGGAAGUUGUCUCAUUUGUGGAAACGGAGACCAUCCGAACACGAGAGAUGUGCCUGGGACCAUAGAGUCUGGAAGAGACUGUUAACAGCGUGACUCAGACAAUGGACAUUUGCCCUGACAGUGCGUGUAUCAUGCCAUCAGGGCAUUCACGGUAAACUACAAGUAGGAUUUCCCACCACUCUCUCUUCAUGUUUUUUGCUAGCAGUCUCAGCCCCAGCAAGGGGCAGAUCCACUAUUCAAGAAACCAGCCCCUGCCUGCUUAAUCCUGAUUGUUGGUCCACCUUGUGAUCCGUCUUCUCUCCUGAUAGUGAAAGGAUUUGCACUGAGGAAACGCCAGGGAGAAAAUCAGAAACACUCAAAAGAUAAUUUUCAGCUUGGUACUUUUUGUGUUCUAGUUUACCAGUGAGAUUUUGUUUUUAAUUUUGGAUUAGAUGCUAUUUAUUUUUAGCGUUGAUGUUUGUUGAUGUCUGGUUAAUGUUUUAAAAAUUGGCAGUGUGGAGUUUGCCUGAGGAGUUGAAGUUUGAAUGCUCCAAUUUUAAUGCAACUUUUGAGUUAGCAGGACGGUUAAGACGAUUCAAAACUACUUAGCCACACGUAGGAUUACUGACUUCGGCAACUAGAUGUUAACACUAAUUGAACUUACUGAAUGUUAGUUAAUCUGGUCAGUGACAUGAGUCAAGUCCCCAACCAUUUGGUAAAAGUAGAUUGAUCACCUAGGGGCUUUCUGUAUUGCACUUGUGAAUCUUUGAGGGGGGUGGAGGGUUGUGGGAGAUUAAAAAUUGUGGAUACACCUUCAAUAAUUAUUCCCAUUAAACUGCCAGACCUGCACAAUGAUGUUUGACAAUAUGCAAAAUCUUUUCCAGUGGCCAAAACACUCUUGUUUUUCACAGUUUGAUCUGUGGUGCAGCAGAUAAAUCAUAAUGUCCGUCCUUUUCGGCAGAAAUAACCCACCGAGUUGGCAGCAAAACUGAAAUUUGCCACCAAUAAAUGGGUUACUUUGCUCUUCAUGGCUCUUUAUUCACUUAGCUGUGCACCAUUUUCCUACCUACACUUUCUUUAAUCAAAGAUGCAGAGGCUGUCACUUCUGAACUGGUGACUGCUCAGAACUUAGCAUUGUAAUAGCCUCCUUUCUUCCUACAAACCCGCACCUGGCAAUCUACACUGCUAUUGGAGCUGUGUGGAGUGAACCCACCCUUUUCCUUCUGUCUGAUUACACGGGUAAUUGAUUCGGAAUCAAUUAAAUUGGCAUGGUGUGAAACAAUGCAGAAAAUACUGGGGAAAGAAUCCCUGCAUACCAGACCAUAUUCCUAAAUAGAACAGGAAAGGUUAUGAAUUUCCAUUUCAAACCCAUCACCAACCAGUACAGAUGCUGACUGAUCAGCUGUUUCAUUUCCAACGUGUUUUAUUUUCAAAUUUCCAAUCUGAUAUACUUCUGCACAAUCUCACUGCAAUUUCUUGUUUCCUGAGAUAGCAGUCAAACAGUGGUAAUCUCCACUGGUCAAGAUACCCUGUGCAGAAUUUUGAAUCUGCAUUCAGCAAUUUGUGUUAAAUUCCCACUUUUUAAAUUCUCUGUCUAUCUCUCUCACUCACUCUCGCUUUGUCACUGUCUCUCUCACACACACACGCAAAAUGUCUGUUUCUCUGUCUCUAACUUUGUCUUGUUCUCUUCCUCACCCCUCUUUCCCCCCCCCCCCCCCAACCUAUUUACA